UGCAUUGGGUUUUCACGAUGCCGCCUAAGAAGGACGCAAAGUCGUCGGCCAAGCAGCCGCAAAAGACACAAAAAAAGAAGGAGGGCUCCGGCGGCGGCAAGGCCAAGAAGAAGAAGUGGUCCAAGGGCAAAGUCAGGGAUAAGCUGAACAAUCAAGUUCUGUUCGAUAAGGCCACCUACGAGAAAUUGUACAAGGAAGUGCCCGCCUAUAAACUGAUCACCCCUUCGGUUGUGUCCGAGCGUUUGAAGAUCCGUGGCUCUCUGGCCAAGCGUGCCCUGAUUGAGCUGCGCGAAAAGGGUCUGAUUAAGCAGGUCGUGCAACAUCAUUCCCAGGUCAUCUACACACGUGCCACCAAGGGUGAUGAGGCGUAAACAUAUUUUACCACACAUCUUCAGUGUCACGCUAUCAUGAUUACAAUUGAUUGUAUGGAAAUAACUAAGAUUCUGCUAUGUGUAGUGGAAGUAUGUUGAAUAAACUUGCUUUUUGAUGUAAGGAA